AUGACUUCUUCAUUCGAACCAUCACUAUCUACCAGCGGUAUGCGACCUCCUAUCGCCUCAGCUGAUGCCCCGUCAAUGGCAGAUUCGCUCCCCAGCAUCAACUUUGGAUUUGAGGAUCUACGCAAUAGCAUGGCCCAAUUCACAGCCAAGUUUGACGCGUUUAUUGAGCGUGGGCGCAAACAAGUCCUGGAGGAACGGAAUCAGUUUCACAUAAACAUGGCUGAAUAUGAAGAGGACCAGCGCAUGCGCCAGCGCGAUAUCGAGAUCCUUAAUCUGAAGGCCCAAACUCAUGAGCAAACCCUCCAAAAAGAAGCGGCAGAAGCUGCUGAGAUGCACACGGCUAUCUCAUCUAUCACCCUAGAACGCGAUUCCCGCCUCGCCAAACGUGAUCGUCUAAAGCAGCAGAUCGCCGAAACUCAGAAGGCUAUCAAUCAGAAGGUGGAAGCACAGAAGUCCCACGCACAGCAUCUGGAUGCACAAUCUCGUCUCAAUUUCCCCGAGUUGGAGUUUUGGCAAGAUUAUCUUUGUAUUCGGAUUGAAGGUGCGGGCCGUGAGGACCGGUUGAAGUUUGUCUACAGCCAUCUACUGGAAAAAGACUGGGAGGCCGAGGCAUGGUUUGAAUUGGGCACUGCUAGCCGUGACUACGAGGUUUUUCACACGCGGCCCAAGGUUGACCGGGAUGCUUUGGAGCAUGUGGUGGAUCUCGUCAACGAUGAUCGAGAUUUUGGAGCAUUCCUGAAGCGGAUGCGUAAAUUAUUUGUUGAAGCAAUGAAUUGA